GAACUUGCUCCUUUCUGGAGCCAGCCCCUAGUGGAUAAGGAAAGAACUGCAGUUUUUGUCAUUUCCUCAUUGGCUUCAGUUUUGGCAGGCAGAGAUUGCCCCUUGGAAUAAACAUAGCCCAACCAGCUUCAGUACAAGAGUUGAUUAAUCUGUAAAGUUAAAAUCUCAGGUGCAUUAUAAUCAUUUUGUUAGGAAUCAACUGUACUUUCCAUUUAACUGAUUUAAUGUAUUUUUUUUUUACAAAUGUGUGUAACAUAAAACAUAAAAUCUCAGUAUUUUCCAAAGACAAUCUUGCGUUCAAAAACUACAACCCAUUAACAAAAAUGAUCCAAUUGUCAACAUGACUGGUUUAAUCGGUGAUCAGCUAAUCUGAAAAAUUAAAACACUAAUUAAUCUUUUACUUUAUUUUGGUCUGUGUACCAAACUACUGUGAAACUUCUGACAUGUUUCUCAGUCUGUGAACUCAACAUUGCUCAACUCUUGUAGCAAUGAUGCAAAAGAUUGUACUUCCAUUCAGGAGUUUUGAAAAAAGUCUUCUAAUAAAUAUUCCAUUGCGAUCCACUAAUAUUUACGAUCAUUACAUCUGAUCAGUCAUCAGUAUGGCUACAACUUUGUCUCAUAAUUAAAUUGUUAUAAUAACUAACACCAUCAAUAUAAACAACAACCCAGCAAUAAUUUUAUAUGAUUUGUCCAGAACCCUUUGUUUCUGUGCUGAUUUAUAUUUAUAUUUUUUCUGCUUAUCUCUUUGGCCUAGCUGAUCAGUGGGUAGAAAAUGUAAUAGCUAAUUGAGCUAAAUCUGUGGUUUGGACAAAACCAGUAGGACACAGUGGGAUGAGGCUGAGCAGUACGUUUCCUAACAGGAGCAUCACGGCUGCACAUGCAGAGCGUGCUGAGACACACCGGACCCCCACCGUGUGCUUGUCCUGUAUCCACCCCGUGUGAGGUCUCAUCCUUCUAUUCUUCCAUCUUUAUCUCCCAGCUAAAGCCAGCUGGAGCAAAGCAGAGAUAUUCAUCCAUUCCUCCUCCCUGUUUUUUUAUUCCUGCUGUCCCAGCUGCUCUCUCUACCUCUCUCUGCCCCCUCCUUCCUCCUCCUCUUUUCCCCUCCUCCUCCUUUUAUCUCAACCUCCUUUCCACUGUCAUAUCCCUGCCGUUCACGUGUCCCGGCGAGACAUUGUUAACUGAGCCUGAGCAUUAGUGCCUUCACAGAGGAUGGCUCGGGUGGUCAGGUGCAGGUCGAAGACCCGGGGAACCAGUCGAACAAGCAGCAGGACCAGUUUGUUUACCCAGGCAGCAGAGAGCUUCAUUGGGGUAGGGGCUGGAGCUUGAGCCCCCUCUUGGAUCUACAACCCUGGAUGUCUGUUAGUGCACCUGUAAAUAUUUUAUACACGAUUCUGUUACAAGAGGACUACUUCACUUUUAUUUUGGAGCUGCUUUCUCAGUGUGGGAUUUUGAGGAGGUGAAGCAGGAGUAUGUUGUGUCUCUGUGUCCUCGUUCUGUCCCAGACUGGAUCAUAGCAUCAGCUCAGCGCGGACAGCUGCAGAUGAAGACAAGGAACAUAACAAGGAGGGAAACCUAUUUAAAAAACAAAGAAGAAAGGAGACAGUUUCUCUCCCUCUCACACACUUGUGACAGAUCCUGCUCAGACAAAAGCUAAAGAAGACACUUUGGAUCUGCACUCCGUCCCUCCUUUCUGACUUCCACCUGUGUGGAUUAAUUGUUCUGGAGAAGCAUGGCGCAUGCCGCCUCGCAGCUGAAGAAAAAGGCGGAUGAGAAUCUCGCUGCAGAGGAUGAGAAAGAGAAGGAGAAGGAGAGAAAGAGGGCGAGGAAGCGAUCGCGGGAAGUGAAGAAAAAGACAGAUGUGAACGCAUGUUAUCUGCGUGCAGCUCGGGCUGGAAAUCUAGAGAAAGCUUUGGAAUACUUGAAGAAUGGAGUUGACAUCAAUAUUUGCAAUCAGAAUGGUCUCAAUGCUCUCCAUCUGGCUUCGAAAGAGGGACAUGUUGAGGUGGUGGCUGAGCUCAUCAAGCAUGGCGCCAAUGUGGAUGCAGCCACUAAGAAAGGAAACACUGCCCUCCACAUCGCCUCCCUCGCCGGGCAGACAGAUGUGGUGAAAGAGCUUGUCACAAACGGUGCAAACGUCAACGCACAAUCUCAGAAUGGCUUCACCCCGCUGUACAUGGCGGCGCAGGAGAACCACUUGGACGUGGUGCAGUUUUUACUCGAUAAUGGCUCCAGUCAGAGCAUCGCCACUGAGGAUGGUUUUACUCCUCUGGCGGUGGCGCUACAGCAGGGCCAUGAUCAGGUGGUUUCCCUACUUCUGGAAAACGAUACCAAGGGAAAGGUUCGCCUCCCAGCACUGCACAUCGCUGCACGGAAGGAUGACACCAAGGCCGCUGCCCUCCUCCUCCAGAAUGACCACAACGCAGACGUAGAGUCAAAGAUGAUGGUGAAUAGGACAACAGAGAGCGGCUUCACUCCUCUCCAUAUUGCGGCUCACUACGGCAACAUCAACGUAGCGACACUGCUGCUUAACCGAGGGGCAGCUGUGGACUUUAAGGCGAGGAAUGACAUAACACCUCUGCACGUAGCAUCCAAACGAGGAAACACCAACAUGGUGAGACUGCUGCUGGAGCGAGGAGCCAAAAUAGAUGCUCGGACCAAGGAUGGCCUAACUCCGCUCCACUGUGGAGCUAGAAGUGGCCAUGAGCAGGUGGUGGAGAUGUUACUGAACAGAGGAGCUCCAAUACUGUCAAAAACCAAGAAUGGAUUAUCUCCUCUUCACAUGGCAACACAAGGCGACCACCUGAACUGUGUCCAGCUGCUGCUGCACCAUGAGGUGCCCGUGGACGACGUGACCAAUGACUACCUGACGGCGCUGCAUGUGGCCGCCCACUGUGGUCACUACAAAGUGGCAAAGGUCAUUUUGGACAAGAAGGCCAAUCCCAACGCUAAGGCGCUGAAUGGUUUCACUCCCCUGCACAUUGCCUGUAAGAAGAACAGACACAAAGUGAUGGAGCUACUUCUGAAGCACGGGGCAUCUAUACAGGCGGUCACAGAGUCUGGCCUGACGCCGAUCCAUGUGGCUGCGUUUAUGGGGCAUGAAAACAUCGUCCACCAGCUGAUCAACCACGGAGCUUCACCAAACACAAGCAAUGUGAGGGGAGAGACAGCACUCCACAUGGCAGCAAGAGCUGGACAGUCAGAUGUGGUCCAAUAUUUGGUUCAGAACGGAGCACGAGUUGAUGCCAAGGCCAAGGAUGACCAGACGCCACUGCAUAUCUCAAGUCGUCUUGGCAAACACGACAUAGUGCAGCAGUUGCUAGCAAAUGGAGCAUGCCCAGAUGCCAUGACCAACUCUGGAUACACACCUUUACACCUGGCAGCCAGAGAAGGCCACAGAGACAUUGCAGCAGCUCUGCUGGAUCGAGGGGCCUGUCUGGGUGCUACCACAAAGAAGGGCUUUACCCCUUUGCAUGUUGCAGCCAAAUAUGGGAAGAUAGAGGUAGCUAACUUGCUGCUGCAGAAAAACGCUCUGCCUGAUGCUGCUGGGAAGAGUGGACUAACUCCACUGCAUGUGGCAGCACACUAUGAUAACCAGAAGGUGGCGCUGCUCUUGCUCAAACAAGGAGCUUCACCUCACGCUUCUGCGAAGAAUGGCUACACUCCCCUUCACAUUGCAGCCAAGAAGAACCAGAUGGAGAUAACCACCACGUUACUGGAGUAUGGCGCCUCUACCAGUGCGGUAACGAGACAGGGAAUUACCCCUCUUCACCUUGCAGCCCAGGAAGGCAACGUGGACAUAGUGACGCUGCUGCUGGCUCGAGAUGCCCCCGUUAACAUGGGCAAUAAGUCUGGUCUGACUCCACUUCACCUGGCUGCCCAGGAGGAUAAAGUCAAUGUUGCUGAGGUUUUAGUCAACCAUGAAGCAGUUAUAGACCCAGAGACCAAGCUGGGAUACACCCCUCUCCAUGUGGCCUGUCACUAUGGCAACGUGAAGAUGGUCAACUUCCUGCUGAAGAAUCAAGCAAAAGUCAACACUAAGACCAAGAACGGUUACACACCUCUGCAUCAGGCCGCACAGCAGGGACACACACACAUCAUCAACCUUCUGCUGCACCACAGAGCAUCGCCCAACGAGCUCACUGCUAACGGGAACAGCGCGCUGUCAAUCGCCAGGAGGCUCGGCUACAUCUCUGUGGUCGACACGCUCAAGGUGGUCACAGAGGAAACGAUUACCACUAAGACCGUGGUAGAGAAGCAUAAGAUGAACGUUCCAGAGACCAUGAACGAGGUGCUGGACAUGUCUGAUGAUGACGUCUAUAAAGCCAAUGUUCCUGAAAUGAUCACAGACGACUAUUUUUCUGAUGAGGAAGAAGAAAUGGAUGUUGAAAAUAUCUGCAUCAACUAUUCUUGUGAGGAUGCAAUGACGGGGGACACGGACAAAUAUCUGGCCCCCAACGACCUUCGGGAGCUGGGGGAUGACUCGCUCCCUCAGGAGGGCUACAUGGGCUUCAGCGUUGGUGCACGGUCACAGAGCCUCCGUUCCUUCAGUUCUGAUAGGUCCAACACGCUGAACCGGAGCUCAUUCACGCGGGACAGCAUGAUGAUCGAGGAGAUGCUGGCCCCCACCAAGGAAAUGCAUUUAUCUGUGGCGAAAGAUGCUGACGACUCUGUGAGGAGAUACAGCUGGACAGCAGACCCGCUGGAUAACGUCAACCUUGUCUCCUCGCCUAUUCACUCUGGGUUUCUUGUCAGCUUCAUGGUCGAUGCCAGGGGUGGCUCUAUGAGAGGAAGUCGUCACAACGGCAUGCGAAUUAUCAUCCCACCCAGAAAGUGCACGGCGCCCACCAGGAUUACCUGCAGGCUGGUUAAGAGGCACAAACUGGCCUCUCCUCCUCCGAUGGUGGAAGGAGAAGGCCUGGCAAGCAGACUGGUGGAGGUCGGUCCAGCAGGAGCUCAGUUCCUCGGGCCUGUGAUAGUGGAGAUCCCACAUUUUGGCUCGAUGCGAGGUCAGGAGAGAGAGCUGAUCCUGCUGCGCAGUGAGAACGGAGAAACCUGGAAAGAGCAUCUGUACGACUGCAAGACUGAAAGCCUCAAUCAGCUUCUUAAUGGGAUGGAUGAAGAACUGGACAGCCCUGAGGAGCUGGAGAAGAAGAGGAUCUGCCGCAUCAUCACCAAGGACUUCCCUCAAUACUUUGCUGUGGUAUCCCGGAUCAGACAGGAGACCCAUCAGAUGGGACCAGAGGGUGGGACUUUACGCAGCCGAAGCGUGCCAUUGGUUCAGGCUUCCUUCCCAGAGGGAGCGCUAACAAAGAAAAUCAAGGUUGGGUUGCAGGCCCAGCCCAUUCCUGAAGACACCGUAAAGAAAAUCAUUGGGAACCGCGCAACCUUCAGCCCCAUCGUUACGGUGGAGCCCAGAAGGAGGAAAUUCCACAAGCCCAUUACCAUGACAAUCCCUGUCCCGCCUCUUUCAGGGGAGGGGCUUACAAAUGGUUACAAAGGAGACAGCACCCCCUGCCUUCGCCUCCUCUGUAGCAUUACAGGUGGGACUUCACCAGCUCAGUGGGAGGACAUCACAGGGACGACCCCACUCACGUUUGUCAACGACUGUGUCUCUUUUACCACUAAUGUCUCUGCCAGGUUCUGGCUAGCCGACUGUCACCAGAUCCCAGAGACGGUGAGCUUGGCCAUGCAGCUUUACAGGGAGCUGAUCUGUGUGCCCUACAUGGCCAAGUUUGUUGUGUUUGCCAAGAUGAAUGAUCCAGUAGAGUCCAGUCUGAGGUGCUUUUGCAUGACGGAUGACAAGGUGGACAAAACCCUGGAGCAGCAGGAGAACUUUGAGGAGGUGGCAAGGAGCAAAGACAUAGAGGUUCUGGAGGGAAGGCCCAUCUAUGUUGACUGCUAUGGAAACUUGGCUGCUCUGACCAAAGCCGGUCAGCAGUUAGUUCUCAACUUCUAUGCCUUUAAGGAAAACCGGUUGCCCUUUUGUGUCAAGGUCAGAGAUCCCAGUCAGGAGCCGUGUGGUCGCCUCACUUUCCUAAAAGAGAGUAAGCCCACAAAGGGCCUCCCACAAACUGCUGUAUGCAACCUGAACAUCACGCUUCCAGCGGUGAAGAAGGAAAUGGAGUCAGAUGCCGAAGAUGAGACUGAAAAGCCAGAUCGACGUCAUACCUUUGCAUCCCUAGCCUUACGUAAGCGCUACAGCUAUCUGACCGAGCCUGCACAGAAAGCAGCAGUUGAACGAAGUGCAACCGCAAGAGCACUGCCUGCUGGUUACCCUCACAAACCUGUCUUUCCAGCCAGACCUUACCCACCAUGGUCGACUGCUCCUAUUCCCGUCCCUGGCCAAACAAGGCCCAUCGGAAUGGGGGGUUCCCUCAUCUCUACCGAUUCACUGACCAGCUCACCAGCUGGUUCUCCAUUGAAGUCUGCCUGGACCCUCUCAGCCCCUUCACCUGCAGGUUCCACAAUUAUAAAGACCAACCUGGGACCUUCACCCUCAGCACCUGCCUCAUCAUCACCGGUUAAAUCAGUCAGUGACAUACCGUCCUCAUCUCCCAUCAGGUCUUAUAGGACCAUGCCUUCACCCAUUAAAACAGUUGUCCAGCAAGGUCAGUACCCCAAUAAGGGGCCUGCCAGUAUUCAGACAUCUGGAAGUAAAACCGCUACAGAUCCAGCUUCAAUCAAAAAUUUUGCAGCAGCAUACACAUCAAGGACCAGUCCAAUCCAUUCAAUACCAAAUGGCUCCUUAUCUGACAGAUCUUCAGCCUCUAUAACUUCUGCAGCAUCACCCAAACAUCUGUCCAACAUAUACAGUUCUAAUCUACCUUUUAAAACAGCCCUUGGGUCUACAGUUGUGAUGGAUGCAGCAGCAGCCACCCUGUCAUCUGUAAAAAGUAUCUCUAGCCUGUCUUCGUUAAAAACCACAGUUGAAUCAACACUCUCAUCUCGAGGAGGGCGGACAUCUGUCUCCUCUCUCUUGUCAACUGGUCAGACAACCAUUGCUUCCUCAGAUUUUUCCAUGAUGAACGGAUCAGUUUCACCUGUUAUAUAUCCGUCCCCCUCCUCAACACCAACUUCCCCUUCUUCACGUCUUCUCUCAGAGAGAAGCAGCCUUCAAGAGCGGAUUCAAGCCACCACACAAGCAGCAACGUCUGGUGUCAGUGCAGCCAUAAAUGAAGCUAUAGAUUCAUACUCUGUGUCAGGCUAUGGCACACUUAGAUCCCUCACCUCCCGUAGAUCUGCCACAGCAAGCUCUGCUUCCGGUUCUUUGAGAUCUGUAGCUGCUUCCCCCAGCCCAACAGUCUCAACUAAUACAAUGACUGUUCCUGUUUAUUCACUGGUCAAUGUCAUCCCAGAGACCCCGAUCAAACCUGGGCCUGGGUCUCUAAAAAUGGCACGUCCUGAUUCUUGUUGUGCUGUCCCCUCAUCUUCUCCCUCUAUGUCUUCCUGUGUUACCGGAACAAAAAUGAAGUCCCAAUUAAAAUCCCCUCCAUUUAUCACGCCACCAAUUAUCCACCCAACUGCAGCUUCAAACCAGGAGAUAUUGAAAGAUGUUGCAGAUAUGAAAGAGGAUCUAAUCAGAAUGACCGCUAUCCUUCAGACAGACACACAGACAGCAGCCAAAACGGUACAAACAUUACAUACUGGCACACCUAAAGAGUCCAAGUUAGAAGACGAGGAGCCAUACUCUUUAGUUGAGAAGGUGAAGGAAGAUUUAGUCAAAGUCAGUGAGAUAUUACAAAAAGAUAUCAUGACUGAAGGUAAGGUCAUUGCAGGCAAAUCACAAAAAGAGAGAGUCUCAGAAGAUGGAUGGGAAGAAUUCUCCAGAGAUGAGAUUGAAGAGGCACAAAGAAGUACCAUCCCAGACUAUUACCCUACUUUUGAAGAAGAGACAAUUUUUAAGCACCAGACUAUGUCAAACAAGCUAGAGUUAGCUAAGGUUGUAGAUUUCCUAACAAAUGAUAUUGGUGCUAGCUCUCUGUCAAAAAUGGCCGAACUGAAAAGUAUGAAGGAGGAAGAGUUGAGAAAGCAGGGGGAGGAAAAACAAAAGCGUGUCCUCAAACCAUCUAUGUCCAUACAAGAAAAUAAACUGAAAAUGCCUCCACCAGUCUCGGGCAUGCUCAGGUCUCCCUCAGAAAAGGACCUAAGCAAGCUUGCUGAGUCAUAUCAGGGUUCAGACACAAUACUAGAGUCUCCUGAGGACCUCUCUCAUGAGCAGGAUAAGAGUCCCUUAUCAGACAGCGGGUUUGAGACAAGAAGUGAAAAGACGCCGUCUGCUCCUCAAAGUGCAGAGAGCACAGGACCUAAACCUUUAUUUACAGACUCACCAAUCCCCCCAUGUGUAUCUGAGACGAGAACUGAGGUUGUCCACAUUAGGAGCUAUGAGCAUCCAGAUGAUCUUUGCGAGCCUGGACUCAUGGCAGAAGCUGCAGCUACUCUACCUGCUGUCGAACCCGAAACAGCUUCUUCCAAAGACUUACAGAUGAAAAUACCAGAAGACAAUGCUUUGAUGAACAAAAGCAUGUGUCUUAAAGAGGAAACUCAUAUUACUAAAACAACUAGAAUGUUAUAUCACAAGCCUCAGCUGACAAAUGGCACGGAGAUGUUAGAAGAAGCCAUGUCUGUUAGAGAUAUCAUGAAAGCUUUUCAGACAGGGCGGGACCCAUCUCAAGACCUGGCUGGCCUUUUUGAACACAAGGCUAGCCAAGAUUCAGUGAAAGGUGAUGAGCUGACUCCUAGAUUUCUUGACAGAGAUAUUAAGUCCAAACCUAAAGUAGAGCGGAUCAUUGAGGUUCAUAUUGAAAAGGGCCACUGCACAGCAGAACCAACCGAGGUCAUUAUUAGAGAAUCAAAGAAACACCCUGAGCUUUACAUCUACAAGGGGGACCGUGCAAUAAAGGAGCUCACUGAUUAUGAUGAGACCCAACAGGAAGAAGAGGAACUUACUGCCGAAGAAUCCCUGCCUUCCUUCCUGGAAACGUCUCGCGUCAACACCCCAGUGUCACAAGAAGAGGACAGUCGACCAAGUUCUGCCCAACUAAUAGCUGACGAUUCAUAUAAAGCUCUAAAACUGCUAAGCCAACACUCCAUAGAAUACUGUGACGAUGAGUUGUCAGAGGUUCGAGGAGAGUCGUAUAGGUUUGCUGAAAAAAUGCUUCUCUCUGAGAAAAUUGACCCGUCAUUGCAGGGUUAUUCAGAUACGGAGGAUUUUGCGACAGUAACCGACAAAAAAUGUCACCUAGUUUCUGAGGACACUGUUAGCGAUGCGAUCCCUAAUCUGCAGCAGGGAAGCCCUAAAAGAGAGUUUGUUUCCAGGUCAGCAAAAGAUGGUUCCCCCAAAUCAGGUAAAAUACCACACAAGGAUGAACCAUCUCAGUUUGACAAAGUGACAGUGCUCCAUUACUCCACAGAACCAGGCAGUCCAAAACAUGCUGUUUGGAUGAGAUUUACUGAAGACAAGCAUGAUCGGAGCAGGGAUAAGUUGCUUUAUGAGGACCGGGUAGAUCAGAGUGUCAAGGAAGCCGAAGAAAAACUCAGUGAGGUAUCACAGUUCUUCCGUGACAAAACAGAGAAGCUUAACGAUGAGCUGCAGUCACCUGAGAAAAAGCCUGUUAGACGAGGGCAAAAGGAGCCUAGAUCCUGGCCUAGCUCGGUCUGCAGCAGCCCAGAGAAAACACAACAGAAACCUAAGACAGAAGACGAGAAGUUCAGUAAAAGUAAGCUUAGAGAGCCUUCAGUUGGAAAAAUCUUUGGCACUUCCACAGUAGCUGAAAAGAAAAGCUAUAGUUUACCAAGCAGUCCUCAGAAAGUUCUUUCUAAUGCCAGUGAAGAUAAACUAAAACAUGAACCAAAGACUAGUGCAUCUGAACCCUCUUCUCCUGCUCACGUUAAAUCAACGUCCAAAGUCAGUGCAGUGAGAAUGAAGUUUGAAUCUGUGGCUCAGAACAUUAGUCAAAGUCAGUCUAGUCCUACCAAAAUUCCUCCACCAGUGCAACCAAAACCCUCAAUUAAAAAGUUACAGGAAAGCAAACUUCCUGUGUAUCAGUUCUACACUGGAGGAAAAGCAGCAAAAGUUUCAGAAACAUCAGGAGAUGAUAGUCAGAAAAAGAAUGGUGAGAAAGUGACAGAAGGUACUAAACCCGAUCCAGUACCAACAUCUAAAACUUCUAAUGUAGAUAAGCUUCCAAACAAAAACAUCAUUGAAGCCACUGAAAAAGUUGGGGAAAUGAAGACUGAUAAAGUGGCAGCUAAAGGUAAAGAAAGUUCAUGUGUAACACAGGAAAUUAAAGAAAGCUAUAAAAGUCAGACAGAUAAGACACCUGCUGUUCAUGAUAGUGAUGCUAAGAAAUCCCAUCAAACCAGAAAAGUUGUUUCGUCUCCCAAAGACACAAAAGCUGAACUCCCUAAAAUGGAGGCUGAGGAACUGCCCAACAAGAACAUCAGAAAAAAGCCUGAAUUUCAGAUUCCUGUAAGAGCAACAUCCCUACAUUUAGAUAAUGAUCUUACAAAGAAACAAGCAAUUACAAAACCCUCCCAGAUACCUACAGCAUCUAAAACCAAAAGUCCAGAGACACAUCCAGUAAAAACAGAUCUAACCUUUGAAAUUCUAGACAAUGCACCCAAGGAUUCAAACUCUAAUAACGUUCCCAGAGAAAUACUGGAGAAAGUUAUUACCCCUGCAGUUGCUGUAACAACCAAAGAAAACUUCAAGGGCAUCAAAACAUUACCUGUUUAUGUGCAGGUUGGCAGGCAGGCAGAGAGGGAAACUAAAGGAGCACUGUACUCAGUCAAACAGAAAUCAAACUCUGCACUUAGCCCCAUAAGCCCAGAUGAUGAUACUUUAGAGCAGGUGUCCUUCAUAGACAGCUCAGGCAAAAGCCCUCUUACACCAGAAACUCCUAGUUCUGAGGAGGUCAGUUAUGAGCUCAUGUGCAAAACUCCUGAUGGCUUUAUGGGAUUCCUGUCAGGACAACCAAGUCCCAUCAUGGAGGUCUCUGAGGAGUCAGAAGAAGAUGGACAUGUUAACACAGUUUUUUCGUUUAAAGAGACCACUAUCGACAGUAAAACUAAUGUCCACGAAGCCCAAGCAGAUCUUGUUAAUGCUAAUAGAGAAACAAAAGUUCAUGACAAUCAGCAGGAGUUGACUGAUAAUUUAAACAAAGAUUCUGCAGUAACUGGCAUACACAAUGGCACUAAAGGACAGGAGCAGCUUGAAGUUUCAAAAGAUAAGGGUAUUGCAUAUAUUGAGUUUCCUCCCCCUCCUCCUCUAGACUCAGCCUCAGAAAUUUCAGACACAGAGAGAAAAGAUUCCUGUGCUUCUUCAGAAGCUGAGACAGAAAUGAUGGACGUGAACUUACAGGAGGAACACGCCAAGCAUCUGCGGACCGAGCCAAUUAUACGCAUUCAACCCCCUUCGCCAGUUCCCCCUGGCACAGAUGACAGUCAGUCUAAUGCAGAAGAAGAGGAUGAAGAGUCAAUUUUUCAACCAACUCCAUGUAAGAAAUUGACCUUAAAAAAUUCUGAGGAGGAGGAGGAAAAGAUUAUGGAGAAAGGAAAAUCUAAAUCCAAAAGGCAUGACAGAAAUGGAAACAAGGAACCUGGUGGGACUAAUGGUUCCAAUGGUUCCAGCAAUGGUUCUAAAUGUUCUAACGGUAAAGCAGAGGACAAUGAAUGUGAACAAAAUGGAAAUGACCAAUCCAUAACUGACUGUUCAAUAGCCACAACAGCUGAAUUUUCUCAUGACACAGAUGCAACAGAGAUAGACUCUCUGGAUGGUUACGAACUUCAAGAUGAAGAUGAUGGCCUGUGUGAGCAAGCAGAUUCUCUUCGUCUAUUUGGUCUCCCAGACAGCCGCAGAGAUGUUUGGGCAACAGACACAUUCAGGUCCUCCGACCGGGCGUUUCCACAGACUAAACUGGAAGUCAUUGAGGAGGAGAAAAUCCCAGAGGAAUGCCAGAAGGAGAUUUUGAAAAAUUAUACUUCCUCAAAUGAUGGGAAAGCUGACUUUGUUAGUAACGAUGGAGCUAAAAGCCUGGAACAAAAACAUUCUGAUAAAGAGGGAAUUUCAGACAGUUACUUUAGUUAUAAAUUAGAGGACGAAUUUAGCUCUCCUUUUAAGACCGUUGCCACCAAAGGACUGGACUUUGAUCCGUGGCCCAGUAAAAGUGGUGAAGGAGAAGUCGUCGAUAUGGGAGGGACACGGGGAAACAAUGUGGAGCCAAAGCCUUAUGGACUAGCCGUCGAGGACCAGUCUCAGGCCACGACAGCAGAAACUACCCCAGCUCAAACUCCUACAGAUGAUAGCACACCAACGAGCGAACCAAACCCAUUCCCCUUCCAUGAAGGGAAGAUGUUUGAGAUGACACGCAGUGGUGCGAUUGACAUGAGCAAGAGGGACAUGGUGGAGGAGAGGCUCCAGUUUUUUCAGAUUGGUGAGCAUUACUACUCAGCGGGCAGAUAUAGGGUGAGGGACUUAGAGGUAGAUGCCUCCUCACAACACAAAGAUCCACUUAUUGCUCAUUAUACCACAUCAGUCCCUCAAGUGUCCAUUCAGACUACAACAGUAGAAAUAUCAAAUGUGCCUACUUACAGCACAUGCAGAGACUCGGCUUCCAUGUCUGAGCCCAGAUUCUCCACUUUUAGGACAGGACUUAAGCUAUCCUCUGAUAAAAGCUCUGAUACUUCUAAACAGCAAACCCCUAGCACUUGUGACGAUUAUAGUGACAACGCCUCAGGAACAACUGUAGAUAGUUUUUAUCGUUUAACCUCAGACUAUGCAGAUGACUAUAAUUUUAUGACGUCAAACAUAACAGAAAACUAUUUUGGUAAACAACCAUUUGUCAUGCAUUAUAAUCCAAAUGACACCCUUUGUUCAGACACACAGAAACAGUCCUUGGAGAGUCAAAAAACACAUUAUCAAAGCACAACUUAUUUUUCUGCAACUUCACAACAUGGUAGCAGUUUGCAAACACUGAGCAGCAACACUAGUAAAGCUUUCCCUGACCCCCUUUCAAACAUAUCUCAGACUGGUAGCAUUACAUUCAACCCAUUAUCAUAUUUAGGAGUUUCUCAGCAAGAGAUCAGCAAGAAAGAAACUUCCUUUAGCCAAGUAGAAGAAAACUCCAAUGAGGACAGGGCUGUUUUAGCAAUAGUAAAUGCAAAAGCCAAAGGAAUCAAAGGCCAUAUGUUCAAAUCAAAGUUACCUUUGAGAGUGCCUAGCUACAAACUAUGCAGUCACAGGCAACCAGCAGUGAAAGACAAGGCACAAGAAAAUGCUGAUAAAUUACCCAUCCAAAAACGGGAGAUUCCGCAUAAAGUCAGAAAAAGAUUGGAUCAUUUUGAAGGUUUAUUUCCUAAAUCUCAAAUCCCAAUGAUAAAAGCCAUGCAACGUCAUUCUUGUUCACAGCAGCAAAAGGUUAAAAACAACUCUGCAAAUAAUGAGAAGACCAAUAAGUCAGCAAGUCCAGUACAAAUCCCUAGGAGAAGUGAAACAGGGAGAAAUAACAGAGUGCUGGUCCAAAGGAACAUUAAAACAAGGCCUGCUAAUAGUCACAUAGCCUAUCCCAGAGAGGCCAAAGUAAAGUUAAGGGGGAGAGCACUGCCCACUGAGGUGAAGGACAGCUGCAGCCUCAUCACAACCAGCAACACUUCCCUGUCAGACCCAUCUAGAGCUUCUAGGAGUUUUUGUCCUUCUUGCACCUCUACGUCCACCAGCACCACCACCACCACAUCAACACCAUCCGCUAGCGAUGUGAAAGCUGAGGUUGAGCAGGCCAGCAGUGAGAGGAUGAGGACGAGCAAGAGGAAGAGUAGGAGGACACUUGGAAGGAAGGAGCGUGAGCAGAAGGAGGAAGGGAGUCAGGUUGAUCAACCAAUCACGACUCCUGUGAUGGAGAACGAGACUAGCCCUCAGAGUCCCUGUGAGAGAACGGACGUCCGCAUGGCGAUCGUAGCUGACCACCUGGGCCUCAGCUGGACUGAGCUGGCCAGGGAGCUGGAUUUCUCUGUGGAGGAGAUCAACUUCAUCAGAGUGGAAAAUCCUAAUUCCCUGACCGCACAGAGCUUCAUGCUCCUAAAGAAAUGGGUGCACAGGGAUGGUAAAAAUGCCACAACGGAUGCUUUAACUGCAGUGCUGACUAAGAUCAAUCGCUUGGAUAUUGUGACUUUGCUGGAAGGGCCCAUAUUUGACUACGGUAACAUAUCAGGCACACGCUGCUUUGCCGAUGAUAACGCAGUAUUCCCGGAUCAGUCCGAUGGGUACCACAAUAUAGAGCUGGAGCUGAAAACCCCAUCAGACCUCAACUACGUCCCUCCUACCCCACUGCGCUCCGAUGAGUUCUUUAGUGAGGGUGAUGCUAGCGUAGAGUCCCCUACCAAGACCAUGCUUACUAGACCUAGUGACCUCACCCUCACUCAGACAACCAGCACCUCCAGUGGCGAUCCCUCCAUGGUGGUCCCACUCUCUGUCUCAAAGCCUCCUAUUGUUGGGCCUGAAGAUACGGCCUUGAUCGGUGGAGAAAGAGGGAUGUCAGUGGAGAUGCCAGAUAAUGAUAGAAGGGCCUUAGAGCAGUUUGUACAGAAGGAAGAAGUGAUUGUGGAGCAGCGCAACUCCUUGGAAAAUCGGUCAGCUAAGCUAAAAGAGAAUGUCGCUUUACACACCGGCUCUGGAAAUGGAAGAGGUAAAGAAGAGGAGAUGACCCAGGAGAAGCUGCGGAGUCUGCUGGAGGAACUAAAGCUGGAGGGAGGCAUGGAGGAAGAGGAGAUGACCGAAGAGAAAGUCAACGCAAUCCUUGAACAAGUACGGCAAGCAGAAAAAGACAUGUCUUCAGUUCCAGGCUGGAGAAGUGAGAUGUCCAGUGGCGCCGUGGAUUCAGCAGCUGCUCAAGAUACCAUCAAGGAGAGCAGCUCUGACAGCCCAAGUGACUCACUGGAGCAGCGGCCGGCUCAGAACGGAGGUCAGAGCGAGGCGAGGGAAAAGGAGUCCAAGAGGAAAAUAGCUCAGGACGACAGCAGCACACCAGGACAAAGCAGAAGACAAGAGGAGGGCGAAGACAAGACCCAGCACAAAGUCCAGGAGAGUAUCAGAACUGAGGAGGCUUGCUCUGAUGAGGAAACCACCGUCACCACCAGGGUGUUUCGUCGGAGGGUCGUACUGAAGGGAGAGGAGGCCAGAAACAUUCCUGGACAGUCUGUGACAGAGGAGCAGUUCACAGAUGAAGAUGGGAAUCUGGUCACCAGAAAAGUGAUCAGAAAGGUGGUGCGCCGAGUUUACAACUCGGAGGAAAGAGAGGGGUGUGAAGGUCAAAAUAUAGCAGGGGAGGGCACUCCUGAUGGUGGUGGUGGUGGAGUAGAGAAAGGUGAAGUGGCUUCUGCUGCUUCUGCAGGAUCUGCAGCAGGAAACAAGAGUGGGAAGGGCAAGAAAAGAGGGAAGCGCUCCCGACAUGGCAACAAGGAGGAAACCCAGAGAGAGAAGACGGAGCCUGCAGACACGCCCAACAAAAAACAUGGGAAGAAGAGUCAGUCAUAACAACUAAACUUGGUUUUUGAAGUCCACCUUCGACCCAACACACACACAUACACACUUCAGGAUGAAAAACAAACUGGAGCCCACAAAGAACGGGGCUGUGUCAGUCAGCCAAGUCGUGUUUGAAGCUUUCACCCACAGCGCAUGGUUUUCACCAAGACUAUAUUUUCUUGAUUUCGCAUGAGCAUGUCCCAAACUCACAGUCAGGAGGACACGCAUGGACGUGAGCUGGAAGAUCUCAUCUUCGACACACAGACUGCAUCAGCAGCUGAAGAAAAGCCAACUGCUGACAGAACUAACGUCACUCUCAGACACUUGCCUUUUAGGGGCUAUUUUAUCCCUCCUGAACCUACAGCACUGGGGCGCACCAUGUGGUUCUUUUAUAAAAAAAAAUGUAUAAAUAUAACAGUGAAUGGGUGAUUUUGUUGUAUAUAAAACCACACUGUUUAAAUCCUAAAAAAGUAGCUUCAUGGAUUGUUUAUGCACUGAUCUGAGUUGAAGAAGCUUUACAGAGUUGGUGCGUUGGUUUUAGGGGUCGACACUGUUUGAGCGGCCUUGAGUGUGUGACCUGAUUUGCUCUUCCUACACAAAUAAUAAAAAGGAACAAAACAGCUGUAUGAGAACAGGGAUAGACUGGAGGAAAAGCAGAAUCUACUGUGGAAUAUUCUUCAGAGAAACAACAUUUUGCUGCAUGUGAUGUCACUUUAUUUUUAAUGCUUUUGUUUGGUUUUAUUUAGAUUCAAAGCACUGUAAUACGAGUAGAGAGGAUCUGACGAUACUUGUGUGUGUACUUAUAACAGAAACAUGGCUGCCUUCGAGUAGGGUUUUUACAAUGGAAAACUCGCACUCCACAAUCGAGUGGUGAGACAGUGAAGCUUUUCUCUUAUGAAAAAUACUGAUAUUGUCCCCAAAUGUAACCUGCUAAUUGGCAUAGCAAACUGCUAGCAGCCCCGUGUGUGUGUGUGCAACAUCAUAAAACCGUGUAACUGUACACCCCCCCCCCCCCCCCCAUGCAUACUAGAAGUUAAAGCUCUUAGGUCUACUGGUGGGUUUUUUUACGGGGGGAGGGGGGGGGGCUGUUUUUAGCUUUACGACUUUCAUCUUAAUUGUUAUUUACAUGAAAGAGAAUCUAAUUUUUAACCUAAAUCUAAUUGUACCAACAGCUGCAAUCACACAAAUCACUCGUGAUCACACGUUGGUAAAUGUCAUUUUCUUUUUCUGUAAAUCGUAUUUCUUUAUUUUUGUUUUCAUACAAAUCCACCCUAUGCAUCCACUGAUGAUGAUGAAUUUAGUACCAACGUGUGCAAACCAACAUAGCCUACACUGGAUGAUCCAAGUAAUUAUUUAAGCAAAAAAAAAUAAAAUAAAAUUGUGUUUUAACUGAACAAACGAGUCUGUAGUUUUCCUGCCAAACCCACGUCUCUGCAGAACCUAAGACGUUCAUUUAAAUCAGAUUAAGCUAAUUUAAAAUAGAAGAAUUAUUAAAUGUGUUGCUGGGUCACAAAAAAAAGAUCAAGCUGUUACUGUUUAUGGAUUAUAUGAUUACAUAUUUAAUGAUCUAAAGUUCUCUAGCUUUGGAGUAACUGAAUAAGUCUUUAUGAACUUGAUCUGUGGUAUAUCUGGUCCACUUUUAAUUUGUUCUCAUUAUCUGAAGAACAGAUGGUAUUGAAAGAAGAAAAAGAAAGUUGUUUUGUAAAGCAUGUUUCUAGAUAAAAAUCACAAUAUGCAUUGGUUAUUAAAGGUGCAGUAUGUAAGAAUAUAGUGAGAAUUUUACAGUGAGAAAAUCCUCAAAAGAGCCUUAUGUUUCAGUCAUUUUGGAAGGAAGCUUAUACUGAAACAUUUCAUAUCCAGCUGUUGCGGGAUUGUCAGCUUUUCUCCUUUCAGAACAAAGGAAGGAGGGACAUAAUUGCUGUUUACCAUCAGUGAGUGUGGGGUUGCCAUGUCUCCUAUGAGCUAAUAUCAGUGCCCACAAUUGUAAUUUGAUGAUGGCUGGCAAAAAGCUUCAGAGUUGUUUAAAGUGGUUGCAGGAACCAAAUUUUACCACAGGAUGUCAUUUUUACAUAAUGCACCUUUAAGUAUUUUAAAAUGUUAAAUUUUUGCUCUAUUUUAUGUCCUAAGAAAGCAAACUUUCAUUGUAACUCAGCUCAUUCAAGGAGUCUAGUUAUUUUUAGAUUGAUGUGAAUUUCAUAUCAACCACACAGACCUGGUGUUCUUGUGGCAAGGUGGAGAAACGAGGGCCCGGGCGGGACUCCCGGGUGAGAGUCAUGUGCGCUAACCAGUCAGCCAAAGGGACAUCCCCUUGGCCAAGUAGCCAGGGCGCAUGAUCAAUCGGGACACAGUGACAGGACGCACACACUGCCACAUUCUCACCUAGCCUAGCAACAGAAGCUGCAGCGUGUCGUACGCUCUGCUGAGAAGGUCGUUGGCUGCAAACUCCCCUCCAUACAGGACCUGUGCACCUCCAGGACACUGAGGCGUGCAGGUUGGAUCACAGCUGACUCGUCUCACCCUACGACACUUUGACUCGCUCCCAUCUGGCAGGAGGCUCUAAUCCAUUCGGACCAGAACCUCUCACAGGAACAGUUUCUUCCCCUCUGUGGUUGGACUCGUGAAUGACAAUCCUAGGACUGCUCACUCCAGUCAUUUUGUUCCAGUCACCUGACCCUGUGUUGUGUUUGCACCUGACUGUUCAGCUCUGAUCAGCACCUGCACUGCCUUGUAUAUAGUAGCCAUUUUUUUUAUUUUUGUUGCUCAAUAUUCUGCUUUAUUUGUUUCAUGGUGUUUUAAUUUGCUUUAGUGGGCACCUAUAAGUGCGUUUGUCUAAUUUUAGCACCAAGUACUGCAGCAAUUUCCUAAUGUUGUGAUCUGUUCACACACAUGGCAAUAAAACCCUUCGAAUCUGA